UGAGUGGCAUUAUCUUUCUUCCACAAUUCCAAUAUCAGCAUAAUAUAUACAACCUAAGUCUCAACCAGGUUGGUGACAUGCAUUCGCGUAAAAUAGUCUGGAAUGAAGACGAGAGUGAAUUGCUACAACAAAAGUUUGGGUUCAAGGAGUCGGCAGCAUUCGAUAUACUAUGGUUACAUUCAGAACUUAUUGGAGUUAAAGAAUCCACGAUUGUAAUAGAAUAUCCAGAAGCAAACCAAAUACAGUUUGAAAGCUUACCAAGUUUAAAGAAAUUUUGUUGUGGAGAUAUCGUUGAGUGGCCAUCUUUAAAAAAGGUGAUCGUGAACCAUUGUCCCAACAUAAGAAAGUUUGGUUUGGGAAAAACAAAAUCUGUGAUAUUGGAAAAUCAAGAGUCUCUAGCAAAUAUUUUUGAAUCAUGGGAUGAUUUUUAUUCAACGAUUGUUGAAUAUGAGAUUGAUGACAGUGAGGAAUUACGCAAGAGAAUGCAUAAUCUUCGACCUUCACAUUUCACCAACAUUGUAGUGUUUCGAGCAAAAAACUGUGAUCGUAUAUUGGUUGACUUUAUAUCUAUUUUGAUGAAUAGGUCAAAAAAGCUUGAAGUUAUUGAAAUUCAGCACUGCAAUUUAUCACAUUAUUAUCUAUUUGACUUUUCUAAUCCUACUUUUCUGGAUGAAAAAGUCAAGUAUUUGACACAAAUAAAGGAAUUAAAGUUAAUCCAAGUAUAUGAGGUGAAGGCAUUAUUCUAUCAGGACUUUCAAUGGCAUAUGGAGUUCAAAAAUCUGCAAAUUAUACACCUAGAAACUUGUCCCUCUAUAUUGUUUCUCUUCACGACAUCGCAUGAGAUGAAGAAUUUGAGAAAACUCUUUGUGAGUAAUUGUGGUGCAUUGAAAACGGUGAUCAUUGGGAAGGAAAUACCUAACUCUAUAGAUUAUUUUCCCCAGUUAGAUGAAUUGAUUUUGAUUAACCUACCUAAUUUAACUCAUAUCAUUCACAAAGAAUAUGCUAGGUUAUGUCAAAAUCUGCAUAUGAUGCAAGUGAGGUUAUGUAAAUCUCUUAAUUGGUUACCAAUAUCAAUAACUUUAACAAAAAUGAAAAUUGUGGAUUGUGAUGUCUUAUGUAAGACCAUCAUCGUCAAAAAUGAAGAAGAGAGAGGAAAAACAAUUUUUUCUCAGCUGAAGGAUGUUACUCUUCAAAAUCUGAGAGAUUUGUGUGUUGCAUUUCCUUCUACAUCAGAAUUUCCAUCCUUGGAAACAUUGAGAAUAACAAAUUGUCCUUCCUUGAUCACAUUUGUUGAAGAGCCAAAUGAGUUGAAAGAACACCAAGAACAAGUUACUUCAACCUAUUUCUUCCCAAAUUCGUUGUCAUUGGAAAAAUUGAAGGUGCUUUAUAUAAUAGAUCAAGAUGUUAAUGAGAUUUGGCACAGUAGUUCUCCUUCUGAAUCAUUUUUUCAAUUGGAAAAUUUGACUUUAAGCAAUAGUAAUAAAUUAUCAAGUGUCAUCUCUUCUCAUAUGAUCACAAGAUUCAACAACAUGAAAGAACUGCAUUUAGACAAAUGUGAAUCAUUGAUCACAAUAUUCAACCUUGAAUAUGACAAACCAGAUCAUCCUACGGAAGAAAUGUUUCCUCAACUCAUGACAAUAGCAUUGAGUAACCUAAAUAAUUUGAAAUUUGUAUGGAACAAGGAACCUCAUGUUCCAUUCUUCUCAAAUUUGGUGUCACUUUUCAUUGUCCGUUGUGGUAGCAUUGAAAGUAUAUUUUCACUUUCUUCCUCCAAAUAUCUUGAGAAACUCAAAUUACUGAGGUUGUGUAGUUGCAAAGAACUAAUGGAAGUGAUAUUGAGUGAUGAAAAUAAAAAUGUAUCUACCAUUUUUCCCUAAUUGAAAUGUUUAGUACUCAAGGAUCUUCCGAAGUUGGUGAAUUUCAGUCAUUAUUGUGGAUCUCUUGAUUGGCCUAACUUACAAACUUUGAGAGUGAGCAAUGUUCCAAAUAUGAAAAACUUUUCAAGAGGCAACAUCAACACACCAUUGUUGAGAUCAAUAGAUAUCUCAUUUGUUAAGAAGCUUUGGUUUGAAAAUGUAAAUGAUACCAUAUCAUUUAUACACAACAAUCCAGGAAUUAACUGAGAUGCAUCGAAUCAAAAAAGGAGCAAUAACUUUUACAAAAAGUUAACAAUGGAAGAAAAUAAUGAUUACUACCUUUUUUAAGGUAAUGUUGAUUCUCCAACUUUACACUUAUAUAGAUUAUGUUUUUUAAAAUAAAGUAUAUUAUGUAUUCAACAUUCAUAUGAAACUAUACAUAAACAUGAUUUAA